GAUCCGAGCUUCUUCGUGGUAUCGCAACCGGAAUUUCGCAUUUGCCCAAGUUUUGGCCCAAUCCAGGAGAAGAAAACCGACCGGUCACCGCCGAAAAUGAUCGUCUGCGUCGCCGUCGUCGGCCACCAGAACAACCCCCUUUACAUUCAAAGCUUCACGGAGGCCGAUGAUGCUCUCAAGCUUCAUCACAUCGUUCACUGUUCGCUGGAUGUCGUCGAUGAGCGAGUGAACAAUCCGAGAAAAUCUGGACCGACCUUGAAUGAGACCUUUCUCGGUCUUCUUUAUCCGACUGAAAAUUACAAAGUGUAUGGCUACUUGACUAAUACCAAAGUGAAGUUCAUUAUGGUGACCACAGAUCUGGAUGUCAGAGAUGCCGAUGUGAGAAAUUUCUUCCGGAGAUUCCAUGCUGCAUACGUGGAUGCAGUUUCAAACCCAUUCCACGUACCAGGUAAGAAAAUUACUUCCAAAACUUUUGCUGAAAGUGUGAGUACCAUAGUCAAGUCGUUUGGGUUCAGUUCAGCUAUUUGAGUGACCAACCAGGAAACCACUGUCUGUAGCCAUCGACAGCCAUAGUUCAUUACUCAUCUUUCUGGUUUUUAUUGAUUUUAUUUGAAAAUAUUCGACCCGAAUUGUACUAAGAAAGAUGGAACAAACAGGUGUGGUCUUUUUCUAGCUUUUUCUCAAACAAUUCAACCUUUUUUUUCAAUGAUAUUCACUGUUUCCAUUUUA